UCCUUUGCCAGGAUCUGCAACCCGUGCGCUGUGUCUGGGACUAGUCCGUGGUACGGCACGGCUUUGUAAACUUGAGAACAUGACUUAAAGGUCCCGGAGCAAGUCUAGGUCACCCCAGCCCCUGCGACAACUGCCUGGAAUUUGUUGGGUAAAAUCGGACCGAGUCUCUAAAAUCGGAGAAAAAUCAGCGCGGGUCCUCACCGGGAGGAGUCAUAGCGACAUUGACAUCGCUUCACCCUCCACCAGCAUCCAGGUCCGCUGACCCCUCCUCCCCGGGUGCCCUAGGUCACCCGCAGGAUUCUCCACUCUGUUCCCCGGUGCUUCAGGACCGGUGGGUGGAGCGAAACUGCUGUGACGUCACGAGCAGGGGGCGUGGGGAAGUGUGCCCAGGGGCUGCCACCCGCCUGGGCCAAUGCAAGCUGUGCAGCCACCGGCGCGCUCGCGAGGCCACCGGAGCCCAGAGCACCAGUCCGCUAUUGGGUGUCGAUGAUCUGCAAGCCAGGCUAGCUCUCUCGAGGUUCAGGCUAGCUCUUUCAAAUGCCAGAGGGGGCUCGCACGAGCCAGCCAAGGAAGCUGAGAGCCCAGGAGCCAAGCUACUGCACUCACCGGCGCACGACUGGAUAAAGGACAGCUUCGGGGUGCUGGAGAACCCAGAGAACCGAGUGUUCUUGGAAAGCAAGAUGUCACAGUAGAUUCUUGGCCCCCAGAGCCCACUGAGGUGAGAGAAGAUCUCUGCUUGGUUCUAAGCUGACUGAAAAGCAGCCAUGGAGAUGGCAUCUGAGCAAGGCAAUGGGAGUCAACUAUGGAUACCCUCUCCAUUUGACAUCAAUGGCUCACUGGGGCCAAGCAAUGGCUCCAACCAGACCGAGCCGUACUACGACAUGACAAGCAACGCGGUCCUCACGUUCAUCUACUUCGUGGUGUGCGUUGUCGGGCUGUGUGGCAACACACUUGUCAUUUACGUCAUCCUCCGCUACGCCAAGAUGAAAACCAUCACCAACAUUUACAUCCUCAACUUGGCCAUUGCGGAUGAACUCUUCAUGCUGGGGCUGCCCUUCUUGGCCAUGCAGGUGGCGCUGGUCCACUGGCCCUUUGGCAAGGCCAUCUGCCGGGUGGUCAUGACUGUAGAUGGCAUCAAUCAGUUCACCAGUAUCUUCUGCCUGACGGUCAUGAGUAUCGACCGUUACCUAGCUGUGGUCCACCCGAUCAAGUCAGCCAAGUGGAGGCGGCCCCGGACAGCCAAGAUGAUCAAUGUGGCUGUGUGGGGCCUCUCUCUGCUGGUCAUCCUGCCCAUCAUGAUAUAUGCUGGCCUCCGGAGCAACCAGUGGGGGAGGAGCAGCUGUACCAUCAACUGGCCAGGUGAAUCUGGGGCGUGGUACACAGGGUUCAUUAUCUAUGCCUUCAUCCUGGGGUUCCUGGUACCCCUCACCAUCAUCUGUCUUUGCUACCUGUUUAUCAUAAUCAAGGUGAAGUCCUCUGGAAUCCGAGUGGGAUCGUCCAAGAGGAAGAAGUCAGAGAAAAAGGUCACCCGCAUGGUGUCCAUCGUGGUGGCUGUCUUCAUCUUCUGCUGGCUCCCUUUCUACAUCUUCAAUGUCUCUUCCGUGUCCGUGGCCAUCAGCCCCACCCCUGCCUUGAAAGGCAUGUUUGACUUUGUAGUGAUCCUCACCUACGCCAACAGCUGUGCCAACCCCAUCCUAUAUGCCUUCUUAUCUGACAACUUCAAGAAGAGCUUCCAGAAUGUUCUCUGCUUGGUCAAGUGUCUUCGGAGCCAGCACAUACAUGUCCCGUGAUUGUAAGCUGAAGUAGUUAGUUCGUGUGUGUCUAGUAUAGGUGAACAUGUACCGCAACACUGAACCUAAAGAAAUGGACCCGCCACGACAAAACCAAUCAAGUUUAAGCUUCCAGCAUCUCUCUUGCAUGGGCCUUUCCCAGACCCAGGAGGAGCAUGAGCGGUAUGUUCGUAUUAGAGUAUGUUUUUGUAAAAAAAAAAAAAAAGAGAAAGAAAAAGUGGUGAAAGCAAGGUAUUUUUUGUAUUGUUCUUCCUAGAGGGCCCCUAAGCUAAAUAAGUGUCUCGCCUCACAGGUGCUGCCCCUGAGUCUGGACAGUUGUUUCAACAAUUUCAAACAACCUAGGUCCGAGUAAAACAGAGAGGAGCGCACUGUGAGAGUCGGAAUACAAAUGAGAGUUCGCCUCUCGGAUACAAUCAGUUACUCAUUUACCCAGAAGAACUUCAAGGGUUGGAGUCAUUGACCACUGUGUUUAUCAAGACAAAGCAUGCUUUGUUAUCAGACUGAAUUUUUCUCUCCUCAGAUUGCUUUAGUUUUACUUAGGGAGACAUUGGGGAAGGGGUGGGAUCGGUGACCUGAAAGGCAAAAGACAGACUAUGAUUCUUGCGGGCAAACAAUUUGCUCCCCAACAUACAAACACACACACACACACACACACACACACACACACACACAAAUGAGAAGAAAAAUGAAGUAGAAUUAUCCCUUUAAGAGAAACAUGGAAAGUGUUUUGUUUUUAAUGCCGGAUAAGACUUCUUAAUGAAAGAAAACAGAAAUGUAACUUGACAGCUCCUCAAAGGCGUUUUGGGGUCUUGCUGUUGUUCUUGGUUUUGGGGGAGGCUGUUCUUUCUUCCUGUCUAUGUAUAUGUGUGUAUUUAUGCCUGUGUCAGUGUGUGUGUAUGUGUAUAUGUGUGUUUGUAUGUAUAAGUAUGUGUGCACAUGAGCAUGUGUGUGCAUGUGCCCGUGUGUGUGUAGGUCAGAGGUUACAAUGUGUGUGACCUCAGCAAUGUGUGUGACGUUGCUGUCUCCUUCCAUUAUGCUCUACUUUACUUACUAGGCAGGGUCUCUUGCUGAAUACGAAGCUUUCCAGUCAAGCAAGCCAGCUUGCCUAGAGGAUCCCAUCUCCAACCACGGAGCUUUACAAACGUGCUGCCGUGUCCAGACAACCUUUACAUGAGCUCUGGUACCCAGAUUCGGGCCCUCACACAAGAGCAGCAAGUGUGCUACCCGAAAGAGCAUCUCCCCAACUCUCAAAGGAGUUUUUAUGUCAUUAUUAUUAGUGGGGAGGGGGCAUGUGUGGAUGUCAGUGGACAACUUCAUGGAGACAGUUCUUGCCUUCCACCUCUUUAAUGGGUUAUGGGGACCAAACUCAGGUCACCAGGCUGGUCCAGCAAGUCAUCGCCCUAUCUCAAAGACAGUUUUAAAGAACUUUAUGCACAGCUGGGCAUUUUGAAAAUCACAAUACUGAGACUCAGGAACGUGUAUAGGAAAUGUUCAAUCAAGACCAGCUAAUGGAGAAUAUAGGUAUGUGCAGGGCAUGGACUGGGAGCCCCUUC